AUGACUAACCUUUUUUUCUUUCUCUCUUUUUAUUUUAUUUUUUCUUUCUCUCUUUUUAUUUAUUUUGUUUCUUUGUUUCUCUUUCCUUUGUCCCUUGUUUGUUUCUUUCCUUUGUCCCUUGUUUGUUUCUUUCCUUUGUCCCCUGUUUGUUUCUUUCCUUUGUCCCCUGUUUGUUUCUUUCCUUUGUCUCCUGUUUCUUUCUCUCCUUCUCUCUCAUUCUCUCUUCUCUCAUUCUCAUUCUCUCAUUCUCAUUCUCUCUCAUUCUCAUUCUCUCUCAUUCUCAUUCUCUCUCAUUCUCAUUCUCUCUCAUUCUCAUUCUCUCUCAUUCUCAUUCUCUCUCAUUCUCAUUCUCUCUCAUUCUCAUUCUCUCUCAUUCUCAUUCUCUCUCAUUCUCAUUCUCUCUCAUUCUCAUUCUCUCUCAUUCUCAUUCUCUCUCAUUCUCUCUCAUUCUCAUUCUCUCUCAUUCUCUCUCAUCUCUCAUUCUCUCUCAUUCUCUCUCAUUCUCAUUCUCUCUCAUUCUCAUUCUCUCAUUCUCUCUCAUUCUCAUUCUCUCUCAUUCUCUCUCAUUCUCAUUCUCUCUCAUUCUCAUUCUCUCUCAUUCUCAUUCUCUCUCAUUCUCAUUCUCUCUCAUUCUCAUUCUCUCUCAUUCUCAUUCUCUCUCAUUCUCAUUCUCUCUCAUUCUCAUUCUCUCAUUCAUUCUCUCUCAUUCUCAUUCUCUCUCAUUCUCAUCUCUCUCAUUCUCAUUCUCUCUCAUUCUCAUUCUCUCUCAUUCUCAUUCUCUCUCAUUCUCUCUCAUUCUCUCUCAUUCUCUCUCAUUCUCAUUCUCUCUCAUUCUCUCUCAUUCUCAUUCUCUCUCAUUCUCUCUCAUUCUCAUUCUCUCUCAUUCUCUCUCAUUCUCUCUCAUUCUCAUUCUCUCUCAUUCUCAUUCUCUCUCAUUCUCAUUCUCUCUCAUUCUCUCUCAUUCUCUCUCUCAUUCUCUCUCAUUCUCAUUCUCUCUCAUUCUCAUUCUCUCUCAUUCUCAUUCUCUCUCAUUCUCUCUUCUCUCAUUCUCAUUCUCUCUCAUUCUCUCUUCUCUCAUUUUUGCUCUUUCAUCUGUUCAUUCUCUCUCUCUCUCCACUUUCUCUUUCUCCCUUUUUUUUUUUCUUCUCUUUGCUAUUGAAUUUCUUUCACUUUUCUUUUUUCUUUCUUUUCUUUUCUCUCUUCUUUUUCCUCUUUCUCCAACAUUUCUCUUCAUCUUUUUCUCCUUUCUUUUUCUUUUUUCUUUCUCCCUUUUGCUCUCUUAUUUCUCUUUUUCUUUCUUUUUUCUCUUUCCUUUCUUUAUUUCUCUCUCUCUCUCUCUCUCUCUCUCUCUCUUUAGAUUUUUUUUUUUUAAUUUAUGCUUACAUUAUUUAUUUCCCUGACUUGAAAUUGUCAUGGCCGAAUGAUAAAAGCAUCACCAUUCAGUUUGAUCCUUCAAUGACAAAUUUCACCAGUUUCAAUGUCACUUUACUUAAAGAUAACAAAAAAUUGGAUAAUAGAAAAAUCAAUGAGUCGAAUAUCAAUUAUACAUUAAAAUGCAACGGGAAAUACAUGUUUACAAUUCAGCCUAUUGAUAACAAUCAAUGGGCUGUUGGCAAAUGCCUCUGCUAUGACAGCUUCAGUAGAUGUCAGUGGUGCUUGAUCACCAAGAAAUACUUCAAUUUCAGAACUGGUGAGGAUUGUUUGAAGAAUGAAUCGACGUCCAGUGUUACUUCACAAGCCCAAAAUAUUACAACCGUCACAGUCCAAGUCACGAUAACUAAUAAGGAAAAAACAUCCAAAAAUCAUGCUCCUGAUGAAAAUAGCACAGACUACCCCAUUUCUUCUGAACAAAAUAGUAAAGCUCCACAUAUUGAUUCCAAAAUAACGACAAUUAUCUUCAUAUGUGCUGGUAUCAUCAUAGCUGUUAUUCUUGGCCUGAUUGUUGUUUAUUUUAUGUUUAAAAAUAGAACUUCAUCAUCAUCUGGCAUCUUACAGAAUUAUGACAACCUAAUUCCUGAAGAUGACACACUAACCACGAAACAAGUCCUUCUACUUUUUUCUAAUGACCAUGACUUUCACUACAAUGUUGUCAAUUGUCUCACCUCCAGUCUAGAGAAUGACUUUAAAUGCCAUAUUCUGUAUACACCUUGUAUCACCGAGAAGGGUAUCCUGCAGUGGCUGCACAAAACAGUUGCAGAAUGUGACACUGUCUUGCUGCUGCACUCUGAAAGCAUCAAACGGCAGUGUGAAGCUUGGCGUGUUGGAAAGGAAUAUAGCCAGCUUCGAGAUGACCCUAACGAGAGCACACUAAUGCCUAUUUUAGCUCACCUGCAAAAUUGCCCCAAAGUUCAGCCCUAUUACUCAAAGUUUGUUUCCUGUCACCUGAAGCACCUCUCGGAUAAGUACAUCUUGCAUGAAUUUCCUUUUAGAGAUAACUUCGUCCUCGUGAAAGAACUAAAAGAGCUUGUAUGUCGUCUACAUCAAUUGGCACCCAACAGCAACCUGAAGAAGGCCUUUAAAAUGUCAUUGGACAGUUACCACAACACACCGAAAGGUCAGAGCCUGAUUCAAGCCAUUGAACGAACGGCCAAGUUUGAAGAGAACCAGAAUUGGUUCAUUGAUAAAUACAAAUGUGCCGAGUAUUGCACAGAGAGUACAACUGACAAGUGCGACUGCACUUCUAUCUUUAUCUCGGAUUAUCAGAACGGAGGCAUUGAUUACCUCAAGACCGAAGUUGAUGGGCGACAUGACCGAUGUUUACCAAAACCUUACUUCAACGACAUCAAUUCGGUAUCAGACAUUUCUCAUUGCAGUACAAUGUUAGCAGAUAUUAAUGAGCGAAACGACCGCAGCUUGAAGAAUCGGAACAGCUUCCUUGAAACAUUACCUGAUGAUGUGCAUGACCUUAGCAUGUGA